GAUCCCUGGGGCAGCAAGUGUGGCUAGUGCAGCAGGGAACCCAGUGAGCAAUACCCAGCCCGUGCCAGAACGCUGCACCCAGGAGGAGCCAGUGCCACAUGCGUACUUCACAGAGACGUGGCUGUGGGACCUGGUGCCUGUGGGCGAGGGGGGCUCCAAGGACGUCCCAGUCUCGGUGCCCGACACCAUCACGGAGUGGAAAGCUGGGAUGUUCUGCAUGGCGGAGGUCGGCUUUGGGCUCUCGCCCACGGCCACCUUCACGGCCUUCAAACCCUUCUUUGUGGAGCUGGCCUUGCCGUACUCCGUGAUCCGGGGAGAGACCUUCGCCCUAAAGGCCACCGUCUUCAACUACCUGCGGCAGUGCAUCAAGGUGCGAGUGACGCUGGCAGAGUCUGCGCAGUUCCAGGUGCAGGCGGGCGAGGACAGUGCCUACACCAGCUGCCUCUGUGCAGACGAAGGGAAAACCUUCCAGUGGGAAGUGACAGCGAGCAGCCUGGGGGAGGUGAACUUCACCGUCAGCACCGAGGCUCUGCGCACCGAGGAGCUGUGCGGCACAGAGCUGGCCGUGGUGCCAGCCCAGGGGCGAGUGGACACCGUGAUAAAGCCCCUGCUGGUCCAGCCGGGGGGGAUCCUGGAGGAGAAGGCGCACAGCUCCCUGCUCUGCCAGGAAGACUCCGAAGAAAUCUCCUUGCAGCUGCCAGCGAAUGUCCUGGCGGGGUCCGAGCAGGCCCACGUGACUGUCUACGGAGACAUAAUGGGCACGGCUCUGCAGAACACAGACCGUCUGCUGGCCAUGCCCUACGGAUCCGGAGAGCAGAACAUGGCCAGGUUCGCUCACAACAUCAACACCCAGCAGUACCUGGAGAAGAGCGGGCAGCUGACCCUGGAGAUCAAAGACAAGGCCCAGGGAUUCCUCCGGAGAGGCUAUCAGCGCGAGCUGCUCUACAAACACAACGAUGGCUCUUACAGCGCCUCUUGGAAGAGAGACGCCCUGGGCAACACCUGGCUGACGGCCUUCGUUCUCAAGUCCUUUGGCCAGGCCAGGGCCUACAUCUCCAUCGACGAGAAGCACCUAGAGGACGCCCUAGGGUGGCUGCAGCGCCACCAGCUGGAGAGCGGCUGCUUCCGCAGUGUGGGGAAGCUGUGGAACAACGCCCUGCAGGGCGGCGUGGUGGACGAGCUCUCUCUCUCGGCUUACAUCACGGCAGCGCUGCUGGAGCUGGGGCAGCCGCUCACGGACCCCAUGGUGACCAGGGCCCUCCAGUGCCUCCGGGAGUCGAGCACCAGCGACCUCUACACGCAGGCGCUGCUGGCCUACGCCUUCGGGCUGGCAGGGAGCACUGAGCUCCGGGGCACCCUUCUGCAGAGCCUGGCCCAGCACAGCGUCAGCGCCGGGGGACAGCUCUACUGGCAGAGGAAGGUGAAGGUCCUGCCCAGCCCCUACGGGAACCAGGCCCCGUCGGUGGAGAUGACGGCUUAUGUGCUCCUGGCCUAUCUCUCCCUGCCCAACGUGUCUGCUGCCGACAUGGUGACCGCUGUCCAGAUCGUCCGCUGGCUCAGCAAGCAGCAGAACCCCUACGGGGGCUUCGCCUCGACGCAGGACACGGUGGUGGCCCUGCAGGCUCUGGCCAAAUACGCAGCCCUGAUGUACAGCGCGAGCGGGAAUGUGUCAGUGACGGUGAGCUCCCAGGCCGGGGCCUGGCAGCAAUUCCACGUGGAGAAUGCCAACCGGCUGGUGCUGCAGCGAGCGGCCCUGCAGGAAAUCCCCGGGCAGUACACGGUGCGGGCCAGCGGCAAGGGCUGUGUCUUUGUGCAGCUGACUCUGCGCUACAAC